UAUUAAAGUUUAGUUUUCCUUUGCCAGAUGGCUUCUCUAUUAUUUGCCAAGUGUUGUAUUCACCUUCAUAACCGCCCAACUUCCACCGGCGAUAUUACUCCUCCUUGUAUACCUUAUUCCGGCAAAUCUCUUUCAAUUUUCGCAAAAAUGGGUAAGGAAUCGACGUUUCUCUCAGCAGUACACUUGAAGAAGAAACCAAUGAAGAAACACAGUAGUACCAAACGGAAGCAAUUUUUCAACAAAGUUAUCGAUUAUCUCAAAUCUGAUACUUUCAUGUUCGCGCCUUUAUGUUCUUCCAGUUUCUCCUCCGGAAUUGAAGAAGAUAGUAAACCCUUGGAAGGAAAUGAUGAGAAAUUGUUUAGUAAAAUUGGGGAUUAUUUGAUGGCUGAUAACUACAUGUAUGCUCCUUUGGUUAUUUCUCAACCCUGGGAUUUGGUUCAUGUAUCUAAAGGACCAGUUCCUAUUCAAGAAGAGAUGGACAAAAAGAGAUCUGCUGAUGUGCUAAAAGGAGCGACUGGAAAAGCGGAUGAAGCUGGUAGGAAAACAGUUACUGUGGUUAGCAAAGAUCACAACAUGGAUGGUUUUCCUCAUAACAAGAGCCCUAUGGUCACCCGUACUCGGGUGCGUAGAGAGACUGUGAAGCAUAUGAUCUAUCAAAACUGCUGACUUUUAUUUGCGACUUACGUCCUCAGGCAGAGGACGAUAGAAACAUAACCAAGCAAGCUUGUGAGAUGAAAAUUUUCUUGUCUGAUGGUGCGCGGUGCUACUGCUUAGCUAAUCAGCUCAAGAUUGUUUCGUCUUCCUAGGUAGUUAGUUGAGUUUUACGUUUGUAAUAUGAUAAGUAGGUACGUAUGCUUGUUUGAUUUGUGAUUUAAAUUUGGACAGUUGAUGACUAUUGUAUACACUGUGAUAGGAUAACAAGGUACAUAUGUUAGUUUUAUGUGUCAUUUAUGUUCAUGGUUAA